AUGUCGGGCGCUGUGGGCCGAGAGCCAGUCUUCCCGACUCGCCAGUCCUUGGGAUUGAUGAAGAGCAAGCUGAAGGGAGCCGAGAUCGGACACAGCUUAUUGAAACGAAAGAGUGAAGCACUGACUAAGCGAUUUCGAGAAAUCACACGUCGUAUCGAUGAGGCCAAGCAAAAGAUGGGUCGGGUUAUGCAGAUUGCAGCCUUCUCCUUAGCCGAAGUCAGCUAUGCAGUGGGUGGAGAUAUUGGAUACCAGGUUCAGGAGUCUGCCAAACAAGCUCGUUUCCGUGUUCGCGCCAAGCAUGAAAACAUCUCCGGUGUCCUCUUGCCCCAAUUCGAGAGCUAUACGAAAGAGGGUAUCAAUGACUUCGCUUUAACCGGUCUUGGUAAGGGUGGUCAACAGAUUCAGCGUUGCCGGGAGACAUACGCGCGUGCUGUGGAGACGUUGGUAGAGUUGGCCAGUCUACAGACUGCCUUUUUAAUUCUAGAUGAAGUGAUCAAGGUCGUCAACCGAAGAGACAUCAACUCCGAGCUUGAUGAACUUGACCGAGAGGAAUUCUAUCGUUUAAAGAAGGUCUCAAACAAGAAGCAACGAGACACCGCUGCUGCAGACGCUGAGAUUCUAGCUGCCCGACAAAAGGAAGCCGAGAGGCUGGCGCAGAACGGCACACCGGCCCAGGAGGCUAAGAAGACUGAGGAACCAGAAGCUGCAGAUGUCCUGGGCGAACAGGAAGACACCGAUGUUAUUUUCUAG